UAUAAAAAUGAAAAAGACAUUGUUUGAAUAACAAAAAAAAAACUAUAUAUAAAUAAUUUACAGAUUUUUUUUUUGUAACAAAGAACAUGCGAACUAUAAAUGUCUUUUGUAUUAAUCACACUAGUUAAAAUUACAGAGAAAUGAAUCGGUAUAUCGUCGGGAACACAGAUACGCGUAUCUCUAAGAUAUGAGUGAUGUAUUUUGUAUUAUUUUAUGUAAAAUAAGUAUAAAAUGAGUAGAUGUGACUUCAAAAUUGUGUUGCUCGGCAGCGAGCAUGUUGGAAAAACGAGCUUGGUGUUGAGAUUCGUUAAUUGCAGGUUUAAUUCUGGCACACCAUACCAAAACACAAUCGGAGCUGCUUUCUGCGCUAAGACGAUGCAAUCCAACGGCAAAGAUCUCAACAUAGGCAUAUGGGAUACGGCUGGUAGCGAACGCUACGAAGCCAUGACUCGCAUGUACUAUAGAGGUGCACAUGCGGCAAUUAUAUGCUACGAUCCAUGCUGUGCGGCGUCCUGGGCUAGACUGAGGCAUUGGUUGGCGGAAUUACGGACUGUGGAAGAGGAUUGUAAAGUAUAUCUCUGCGGUACUAAGAAGGACCUGUUAGAUUCAAAUUCUACUCGGGAAGUACCUGAGGAUAUUGUAGCGACUUACUCUCAAGGGCUCAAUGGACAUUAUUUGACGUCCAGCAAGACGGGAGAAAACGUUGAGGAACUGUUCCAGAAGAUUGUUGACGACUGUGUAGCGGAUCGCGAACUGAUGCGGAAGGUGGAAGAAUCGAGGGUUCAGCUCGAUAAAGAACAGGAGAAAGAUAAGAGGUACUGUCUGUGUUGAUGUCGGCCUGUGUGAUAAUGAAUUAUGACAAUGGGUGUAUAAAAUUCGGUGAGGACAAUGUUUCUUACUUGUAAAUUAAUUUAAAUUUGUGAUUAGUUGAGUGAAGCGAACGAAGCGAGCGGAACGCUAUACUGGAACUCACACAUCCACAGAGAUGAUCACGGCAACCGAAUGUACAAUAGAGUCCAGGUUUUUAGUUCGGCAGCCCACAUAUGGGAUAGUAUAAAAAAAUUUACUUCGGACCACCAAUUUUAAUUUUAAUUCCGGAAAACGGUCGCUUCACUAAACAGUCACAGAUAGCCUUACUCUUGUAGCGA